GCUCGUUUAGCACUCGAGAACGCGUCACAGCGUGCUCAGACCCUGGACGUCGACUGGCGUGUCUACCUUGCGUCUUCCACCCAUCAUCCAACGGACCCACACACAAUUCUUGGUAUUCCUGAAGUUGUCUAUGCGUCGAUGAUUCGACAUGAACCACUUUACCCAGUCGUCGUACACCCCAGUCCGCGAUGACAGACUACCACCGGAGAUCAUUUUUUCAAUUGAGCAGAUCCUCAACAUAGGCCGUGGCCAGGACACAGACCCCCUAGACAAAUUGACAAACGACUUCAAUCCUGUGAGCGUUCUGAAUGACUACUUCCCCGAUGAGGCAUCUCUUGCACGGCUUGAAGCCAUUCAAACACAGCUUGCUCAACAAGAACGGGAGCUUCAGAAGGAGAUUGACGUGUUGAAGGAGGAACUGAGGCGAGACCAUGACCCGAGUAGGAUGCAGCUAUUGCAGGAGAUGAUUUCGGAUCUCAUGGGGCAGAUGUCUCGCAUUCGGGAGAAGGCGACCGAGUCGGAAGCUGUUGUGCGGAAUAUCACCAAGGAGAUACAGGUCCUGGAUUUGGCGAAGAAGAAUCUCAUACAAAGCAUGACUACUCUCAAACGACUGCAGAUGCUGGUAAACGCGCUGAGCCAGCUCGAAGACCAAGUGAGAGACAGGAAGUAUCAUGAGAUAGUCCAGACAUUAGGCGCAGUCAAGCAGAUCGGCGCGUCCUUCAAGCCGUUCACUUCCAUCCAGCGAAUCUCGCAACUUUGGCGACGCAUCCAAGAAAUCCAGAAUGAAGUUCGGCAGAAAAUAGAUGCGGACUGGGAGAAGUUCUACAUGCAGGAUCCGGGCAAGCCUAUCAAGCCUUCUGUGAUAGCAGAUGCGUGCCUCGUCGUCGAUGUGCUCGGCCCCGAAGUCCGGACACAAUUCAUUGAGCGAUAUGUCGCGCUAGAGCUCAAAGAGUAUCGUCGCAUAUUCCGUGCUACAGACGAAGCCGGACAGCUCGACAACUUGUCGCGUCGCUUUGCAUGGUUCAAGCGCCUGCUUCAGACUCACGAUACUGAACAGGGACGGGUUUUCCCCGCUGAAUGGAGAGUCGGGUGGUUCCUCUGUGCCAAGUUCAUUGAGAUUACUAGGGAUGACAUGACAGUACUGCUAUCGAAGGCAGGCGCAAAGCUGUCCGUGAAGCAGCUGCUAGACACUCUCCAAGAGACAAUGGAAUUCGAAGCAUAUAUCGCGCGGAAAUACGCUACAUCAGUACCGGAAAUCUUGAAAACAACCCAGCCAGCGGGAGCCUCACGGCCCUUGAAGUCGAUCUCAUCUGCCUACGAGCCUCACAUGGGCGUGUACAUCGAAGCGCAGGACAAGGCGUUGUCAGACAUGCUUUCGCAAUAUAGAGGCUCCAAGUCACGCUCGUCUCUUGAAGCAGCAUCGACGAGGACCUCCAUAGACGACUCCGCACCACCGGUGCUAGUCCUUCCAUCCUCGACGGAGAUGUUCUACUACUACCGCCAGACUUUGGACCAGCUUUCGAGCCUGUUCACGGGCCAGCCGCUUUACGACUUAUGCUCUCUACACAAGAGGUGGCUAAGGAUCUACGCAGAGGAUGUGUUACUGGCAAGUAUGAAGAGGCCUCCAGUGAUGGCGCGUAAAUCGACAGAUAGCCGGGUGGACAUGAGCGAAGUGAGAACAGCAUGCACUUUGAUCAACACUGCAGAUUAUUGUCAUGCCACGGCCCUUGAGCUGGAAGAGAACAUCCGCGCGAAGACGGACGAAUCAUUCAAGGAGAGGAUCUCAUUACAAGACGAGUGCGACCUCUUCGUGAGUGCCAUCUCGGCAGCGAUACAGGUCAUCCUCAGAGAGCUUGAGGCGGCUUGCGAUCCCGCAUGCUUUAUUAUAUCGCGCACUGCAUGGGCUACCCAGAAGUCUGUCAGUGGGCAAUCUCCGUAUGUCGACGACCUCGUGCGGGCCGUCGAGCAAGUCGUCGACACCGUCAAGCCUCUCAUUGAGCAGAAGAAAUAUCUACGAAAUCUCAUGGACAAGACGGCCAGCGUGGUUCUUGCUAAGUUCACCAACGCACUAGUGAAGAGUCGACCGCUCAAGGAGAUCGGAGCGGAGCAGCUGCUGAUCGACUUGCAAGCUCUCAAGACCGCCUUACUCAGGAUACCUGGCGAAGAUCUAUCCACAACAAACUAUACCCGAAGUGUUACGAAGUUGACCACGCGCUUGGAAGCGCUGCUCAAGGUUGUCGUUACCCCUAUCGAUCCCGCUGAAGGAUUCAUCCUCAACUACACGCUGCUCAUUGGGGACUCGUCCUUCACGAACUUCCAGAAGAUCCUGGACCUGAGAGGCACGGCGAAGACUGAGGAAAAUGAUAUCCUCGACUCUUUCCUGACGAUCACCAGCACAAAGAGCGACCUCGAGAGCACGUCCUUCCUGACAUCACUCGAUAUGGACCCUGGUCAGUCGAGCAAUGCUAACAAUCCUGCCAACAACCGUGUUGGACUUGCCGGUGCAAGCGAGGGCAUACUGGCCGCCCUCGCAUCCCCUCCGGGGGCGGGCACGCCGACAGGGACGGAAACACCGCCGAAGGACGGGGCGGCGAAGCGGGAGGUGUUCCAGGAUUUCAAGCGCUUCGUGAGCUUCGGCCUCAGGCGGGAGACGCUUCCGCCGUCGUAGAUUCAACUACUCUAGUGCUUGGAAUGCUAAUAGGAGCGGAUUGGAAGGCAUGAUG